CUUUUUCUUCUCUAAAUUGAUCAUACCACCCAGUUGGCCUCGUUCGUUUAUUCGUAAACUUCAACAACUUACCAUCCGCGCGCAAAAACGAUACGCAACUUUUAGUCGGCCAAAACCAGCCCAAAAUAAAUCAGGCAGACACAAUGGAUAUCUCUCAGGAGAAAUAUGUGGUGGCAAGCGGGCCCGAAUACCCUCACAACACCGAGCCUCAGUAUCAGUACCACCCACAGCAGCCAAUGCAAGGCCAACCGCCUGUACAAUCGCCUCCCAUACAAGAACACUACAAGAGUCCAGAAUCGCAACCGCAACAACAACAAGCAUAUCCGCCUCAACAACAGCACCCCUACCCUCACCAACACCAACCACUAGACCGGUCGGCGUUUGGCCAGCAAGGCGGUAAAUGGCAGGCGAGUCUCUGCGACUGCUCGCCAUGCACAAGCUGCCUGCUAUCAUGGUGUUUCCCAUGUCUCCUCCUCGGACAGACCUCCGAGCGAAUCCGGGACCCAUCGAUGCAGACCGCGGACAUGAUGAACAGCGACUGCAUGAUCCACGGGCUGAUAAACUGCUUUACCGGCUGCGGAUGGAUCUACGCAAUGCUCAAGCGCUCCGAGAUCCGCGAGCGCUACCAGAUCGAGGGCAGCGGCUUCGACGACUGCUGCGUGUCGUACUGGUGCCCGUGCUGCGCGCUCACGCAGCAGGACAACGAGGUCGUCAUCCGCCAGCGCAACGCCGCGCCCCCCGCCCCCCAGGGAUACCAGCCGCAGCCGGGCAUGCAGGUUCCCCCAAUGCCCGCGCCGCAGCCGGCGUAUCAGCAGAAUCAGCAGCAGCAAACGCCGCAGUAAUUUUUUAUUUUUUGGGAGUUGAGUUGAGUUGAGUUAUCUAUUCUGUGCAUAUAAAUGGAUAUGGGGAUAUAUUCGCGUUUGGGGGGGGCGGGGCAGAACUUGAGCGGUUCUUCGCUUGCAUGUUGGUUUCGGCCCCAGUGAGAGAAAAAGGGAAAAGAAAGAAGAGGCGGAAUGAAUCAAAGUUGCGUUUGCGACGUUAACUAGAGUCGCGGGGGGCUUUUCGUUCAACCCCCCC